UGCUGCGAAGGUAGAGAAUAAUGGGAAAUCUCCAGAGCAUCUGUGGUAGUACUAUAUCCUUGGGGUGUGAAAGUAAAACGCGAGAUGAAGAAGGCGGUGGAAAUCAAUAUAAAUCAAAUGAAGCAUUGGUUUCCUUGAGUUCAAUCUACAAAGCCACAAAAGCCAUACUGCAGAAGCUGUACAAGUGUGUCUAUUUGAGGCCUCGAAAAGUAGCAAAUCCAUCACUUCCGAUUCAAAAUCCACCUCAAGUUUGCUCGUCUUCACACUCUAUCUUGGAAGACAUAUGUUUGUCUUCUUCUACUGGUUCGAGCGAUGAUGAAGAGAACGUUAGUCAUGUUUGUCAAAUAUACUCGGCAGACGGAAAUGAGGAGGUAGAACAAGAACAUGUUGUCUCUGUGAUUGGUGUAGAAAUUGGGCCUUGCUUGCACGAGAGAGAGGCCAAGGAGCAAGUGAAGACGAUUAUCGUAGUAGAGGAGGAAGAGAGAGAAGCCAAGGAGCAAGUAAAUAGUAGUAGUAUCAUAGUGGGGGAGGAAGAGAAGAGGAUAAAACAUUAUAGCAGCCGGCAUAGCAUACUGUUGGUCGGAGAAGGCGACUUCUCCUUCUCCGCUUGUCUCGCCUUGGCUUUUGGCUCCGCCGCCAACAUCGUCGCCACAUCCCUCGAUUCUCUAGCAUUUUUGAAGAAGAAUUAUGGGAAUGCUAUGUCCAACAUUGGUGAAUUAAGGAGGAGAGGGGGCAAGGUGAUGCAUGAGAUCGAUGCUACUAAAAUGGCCAAUCAUGAAUUGCUCGGACACCUUAAAUUCGAUCGCGUAAUAUACAAUUUUCCUUAUGCUGGAAUUUUCCCCAAGAUCGUGCCACGCGAAACCCAACUUAGUCUUCAUAGGGAACUGGUGAGCAAGUUUCUAAUGAACGCCCGGAAUAUGAUAAGUGAAAAUGGUGAGAUUCACAUUUCGCAUAAGACCAAUGGUUUCCAUGAUCGGUUUUAUGUGGAAGACAUUGCAUCUUCGCACGGCCUCAGGCUUAUAGAGGCUGUGACAUUUGAACGUGCUGAUUAUCCAGGCUACAACACCAAGUCCGGAUUCGGGGGUGAUGCCAACUUCGAUUGCUACCCUAGCAAUACCUUCAAAUAUGGCCUUAAUUAAGUAUAUGUAUCGCUGUGAUCACUUCAUUUUCUCUUUUUUGUUUCCAAGAUAGAUAUCGCUUGCUCUAUGCUUUUAGUGUGUAUGUUGUUACCUUUUGCGCCAUAUGUAUCUCAGGGACAAACUAAAUGAAAAAAUGUAAC